AUGAGUGAUGAGUCGACCUUCCGAGCAGACGAAGACAAAGAUGGCCUUCCAGAAGUUCUAAUGAAGGAGACAACUGCGGAAUGCUUCAACAUUCCCGUGUUCCGAGAGCAGUUGCUGCUUCACUUGCUGUCACCAUUCUGCAUUCCGUUCUAUUUGUUGAUGGGCAAGAGGGCAUUACUUUCAAACACCCAGACGUGGCCUUGUCCGAAUCUCGUGACGCUCUACUGGACAACAGUCCCAUUAAUCGUCUACGCCAACGCAAUGCUAUUUGUACUGUUCUACGACGAGUUCGAAAGGAAUGACAUUGGCGUUGCUGAGAUCGUGAUUGUGCCGUGCUUGGCCAUGUUCACACAUCGAUCCAUGAUCGCGUUGAAAUACAGCGGUCUUUCCCCGGAGGAGUACGCACUCUGGCUGAGUGCUCCCAGACAAAUUGCGGCCAAAUGGAGCAAGCAGAUGCAGCUCAUCUCCACGUGGCUGCCAGUGCCAGAUGAAAUCCUAGUGGCAGAGAUUGACAAGGCUUGCAAGUAUCAAGGUGCUGAUCUUCAUGAGAUUUUCUUCGAGCACGAUGUGCAGGAUGUGAGUAGUUGGAGAUGUUGGCAGGUGUGGGAGCAGAUGCUAGAAGGCCACUGCACCAACUCAGAGCUGAAAAGCUCAUCCUUGUGCCCCAAUCUCACACGUGUCCUCUCGCGAGAGACUAGCGUGAGCUUCUCGCGGGGCCUUCGACGGAUCAGCGCUCAUCAGCUCCUGUACACCUUGUACCGUCGUACUGCCGACGAAGUCGUCGAGGGCCAGCGAUUCAUCUCUGUAGGUUUGUUUGCGCUCUUUCCGGCCAUUUUCCCGAUUGCUUGGCGCUGUGUGAAGUGCACCAGCGAGCUAGGUGACGAAGUCGAUGCCGGAGAUAUUCUUGCAGCGGGCUUUGGAAGGCAUAGCUACGUCGUUUCCUACUGCGUGGCCCAAGCCGCUUUUAUUGCCUACUCGCACGGCGCCGUGUCGUCUGUUUUUGCCGUCAUCGCAAUUAUUCACUAUCGGCGCAUGCAGAUGGUGAUGGAAUCGGUGCAACAGCUGGCUCGGCGACUGCCCUGCCUGUACCCCAACUUGCCUCAGGUGCAGCUCUCAGGCCCGACAGCAGAAGCGAAUGUGCGGGCAGUGCUUGCCUGCUUCGAGACCGUUCUUCGAAUGGGAAGUCGAUACCAACACCGAGCAGACUCCUACAUUGGAGCGUUGGCUACAGCUUCGACUAUGGGUCUUGGCCUUGUCCUCAUCGGAGUGAUUUUAGGUGCACAUUCCCAGCUAAAUGCUGGGACAUGUGUGUGCCUUGUGAUCAUCAGUGGUGUUACAGUUGCGAUACACCAAAUGAUUCUUUACGGCCGCCUUGCGACUUGGGCUGCACACGCUCAGUUUAGACUUUCCGGAGCUUCGAGCUCUUCCAAGGCCAACGAAAACUUCGGCAAGCUGUCCAGCAACUUCUGCAGGGCUCGGUGGCGCAACUCCGUGACCGGUGAUUCCGAAGUGGGAGAUCAAGUGAUGAGCCUGGCCAUGGAAAGACUGGCCCUGCUUGCAGAAACCGAGCCCGUGACCGUUGCCUGCUUGAUCCCAACAGCCGACUUGGGAUACAGCAUCGUCUCCUUGGUGAGUACCUUCGUGCUGUACAUCCUGGGCAAGCUGCUCCAUGUCGAGCUUCCUCUUUGA